AAUUUGCAUCUCUCUACCUAACUUUCUUGAAGAAAAUUGGGUCAUACUUUAUAUUACAUUGUCAUUGUUGCAGUGCUACUAUGUAAUAACGUAACUUAAUGUUAUUUUUUAAUGUUAAUAACAAACUUUUAUUGCAUAAGCUCGUAAUUAAACAGGUUGUUGUAAUUGCUUUUGUUAACCCUUUAUUUAUCCGUUUAUUAUUUAGCUCCUUAGCUUUUCAACGUGUUACACUGGAUUGUAAAGUGUUACAGAAAAUGUCAAUUCCUGCAGAUAAAGUAUGUGAUUUUUUUGCCAAUUAAUGUGCAUGUUUAAACUGCCCAAUCACAUUGUGCAAAGUGGACUUCGGGACAUUUGUCAAGUAAUUAAGUGUUUGCACUGCAAAUUGCUUGGGGAACAAGUGUGCAUCGGGGUACGUCCAACUUCACAGGAAGUUGAAGAGGGGUUAUUACCCACAAGCCAUUUUGUACCACCUUGAAUAUGUGCACUUCCCUACUGUAUAGCAUGUCAAAUGAACAUUGUGAUCAAAUAUGCAGAAAUUAUGAAACGGUAGGCAAAAAUAUCCAAAAUUGAUGGAUUAUAUCUGCUGACAUUGUGAGGUGUGCAGACAGGAAACUUUUCAGUCCCAUAAGACCUAUUAAGCUGAGGAGUUGUCAGAUUCAGAAAAGCUGACAAAUAAAAAUAAAAAUGAUGAGCCGGGUAGCUCUUUCCACAUGUAAGCUCUAUAUGUACCAGGAAUGUUGGUCCCACUACUCAAUUAGUCUAUUUUAGUCUACAUAUCAAGUCUAUAUUAGUCUGUAUCUAAUCUUUUUUCAAAUCUAGUACAAAUUCUGAUAGGAUGGAAUUUUUUAAUUAUUAUUUAGAGUAAUGGAAAAAAAGUGCUUUUCAUGCUGUUUUAGAGCAUGUAAAGCGAGAUGAUUACCCAGAAGACAUGACAUUUUCAUUUUAAACAUUAGUCAUUUUUUGCUGAAUUAAGUAUUUGAAUACAUAAUACCAUAUUUAAUUAUUACAUACAUUUAUGUUUUAAAAAAUAUGCCUGAUUGUAGUGUUGUUAUCUGUGACUGAUUGUCCCAAAUGACCAAAUCUUGUCAGGUGAAGUGAACGUCUGUCCCCUGCUGAGUGCGUAAGGUGCACUGAACAUUAAGUAGAGACCGCAAGAAUCAGAAUGCAGAUAAUUAUUGCUUUUUAAAACAGGUUUCCAAAAACUCCCCUGUCAGCCAUUGGUUUGCUGAACAGAUAGUCCCACCCUAAAGUCCCACCACAAAACAACAGUGUGUUUAGACUUUCUGUGGGAAUCAGCCUACAAAUGGUUUACUUAUUGUUGUUUCUGUGUUUAAAUUUAGGAUAGAAGGAAGUAUUUGGGGUUUUAAAAAUACAUAUUUAACGUUGUUUGCUAAUAAUGCUGAUUGUUGUGUGUUGUAUGGUUUUUAUUGCUGACACACUCAGAAAGACCCACUGUGACAGUCCUAAACUUCUCUUAUUGUUUUUUUUUGUCAGCAGCUUUGAAAAGCAGCGCAAUAGGCAGCCCGCAUGGAACGAGCAGGAAGCAUCCAACUUGAUAUUCCGGACUUCAGCAACUCCGUCCUGUCGCAUCUGAACCAGUUGCGAAUACAGGGCCGUCUAUGUGACAUUGUGGUCAAUGUUCAGGGCCACAGUUUUCGUGCCCACAAGGUGGUCCUCGCCGCCAGCUCACCGUACUUCAGGGACCACAUGUCACUGAGCGAGAUGAGCACCGUCUCCAUAUCAGUGAUACGCAACCCAACCGUGUUUGAACAGCUCCUUUCAUUUUGCUACACGGGACGCUUGUGCUUGCAGCUCGCCGAUAUUAUCAGCUACCUGACGGCAGCCAGCUUCCUUCAGAUGCAGCACAUCAUUGACCGUUGCACCCAGAUUUUAGAGGGAAUCCACUUUAAAAUCAGUCUGUCAGAUAUGGAGGAGGAGCUCGGGAAUGGGGCCCACAGGACCGCCAACCAAACCAUUGAGUCAGGAAGAGGUGGGACCGGGCUAGCUGGGUCCCGCUCCCUUAGUCCCAGGCAUACCGGUUCCCGAUUGAUUGGCAAUACUGGGGUGAUUAACAUCCGUGAUGUGAGAGAAGUCCGAGAGAUAAGCCCCCCUUGGGAGUCCAUGAGCCCCCAGAUAGUGGAGCACAGUGGCAUUGGCUCAGAGGAGGUGGGAACUGGGAAAGAGCCCAUUCUCCGUAUUAACCGAGCCGGGCAGUGGUAUGUCGAGACAGGGGCUGAGGUGGAGAGAGGUGGAGAGGAGAACGUGCGGAUGGUGGAUGGGUUUCGGAUUAAGACGGAAAGGAUGGAUGAGUGGAUGGGGGCGGAGACCCAGGCGUCGGCGGAAGAGGGCAGUGGGGCCGAGGAGGGGCCAACGGUGAUGAUUGACACCUCAGGACGUAGCACACUGGUGCAGGAAGGAGGAAGAGGUGGGAAAAGCUCCCAGCCGUCCAGUAGCUUCAGUGAAACAGAGAGGUUUAGUCCAACAGGAAGCGUGGUUGUGAUGGCUGAUCGCCAGAGAGCCAAGAGUGAGUCUCCAGGAAGAGUUGACGAUCAGAGACACCCAACCUCACAGGGAGAGGAACAAGCCGUGUUUGACAUGGGGGGAUACGAGGAGUACCUACGAGAACAGGUAGGUGACCGGUGGUUCCGCUACAACCCCCGUCUCACCUGCAUUUACUGCUGCAAGUCCUUCAACCAGAAGGGCAGCCUAGAUCGCCACAUGCGCCUGCACAUGGGCAUUACCCCCUUCGUUUGCCGAAUCUGUGGGAAGAAGUACACCCGCAAGGACCAACUCGAGUACCACAUCCGUAAGCACACAGGAAACAAGCCCUUCCAUUGCCACGUCUGCGGCAAGAGCUUCCCGUUCCAGGCAAUCCUCAACCAGCACUUCCGCAAGAACCAUCCAGGCUGCGCCCCGCAGGAGGUGUCCCACAGUGCCUCACCCGAGACCACCACGGUCACCUCCCGUGGAGGCCAAAACGAAGAUGAGUCGCCCUCCCAGGAGGAUGCCGAAGGCAAUGGUGGAGGGGGAGGUGCCGGCUCGUCCUUCGGGGAAGGGGUCCAACCUUCGGUAUCCACCACUGGGCCCGACUGAAAGGCUUUGAAGGAAAACGUUACAAGUUUAGGGAGACACAGGACAGCGGGGUCCAACGGGACCUUUUCUUGAGAGCUCCCUCUGUCCCUUGUCUCCCACCAUCCACACUGAAAUUGCAAGUUGGAAGGAGUUGAGUGAUCAGGAGGUUCUCUCAGCUGCUGUCAACGAGGAACGGAUAAAAUAAGGGAGAGUCUUCUGCGUCCUACUUGGACAGAGAACCUCUAUUUUUUCCAGUGAUAACAAAGAUGCAAGGAACAAUUUGCUAGGAAUAGUAUUCUCUAGGGAUUUAUAAAUGGUAUUUCCGCUUUAAACCGCAUCUACCUUCACCAUACAAACUGAACAGGACAUCAAUAUAUGAAGACAAGCCACACUCCAACAACCUCACACACCACUGGAUGCAGUGAUUUUUGUUUUCUUUUUUUGUUUUUAGUCUUUCCUGUCUUUUAUAUGUUACAUUUUUUUAUAUUUUUGUACUACUACAGAUCUUUCAGGAUAAACUAAAAGAGAAGCUCUAGCUAUGAUUUGGUCAAAGUGCAUCGAAAUUGCCAAACUUCUCUGUGCCAGAAGAUGAGUUAUAAAAUGAGAGGACAUCGUAGUCCUUCGCUACUUUGCCUUGAGACAAUCUUGAUAAAUUAACCUGGGGCUAGACUUUGCACUCCCCAGCCAUGGCAAGCUUAGGAAAACGGGUUCAGUUUUUUAUUAGGGACCCUCAGGUCUGACCUAACAUCAGAUUCUUGAUUUAUUUUUAUUGUUUUGUGUUAAGUGCUGAUCCGGCCUGCCGUAGAACCGAAAUGCAUUCACAACAUGACAUACAGCGUGCUCAUAAUUAGCCUCAAUGCAGUGAAAUUGUAGGUAUAGAACUUCGGGUUUGCAACAAGAAACCAGUCACGUCAUAUUAUUUUACUUUUAAUGUUGGUGGAAAUACUGUGAUUUAGGCACGCUGGUGAAAAGACGAAGGUAAAGUAUAGCAGUGACAUAUGUAUUUAUUUCACAUUUGAUUCCCGUUAAAGCCUUCAUACAUCUCCGAACUCAACAACUCAGCUGCUGAAUGUUGACGAUACAGUGAUAUAAAAUACAGGAAAUCUUUCAACCUCAGAUAAGCUACAAUAGACCGCUCAGUUACCUCUCUCUCUCAUCACUACGCAAUACCGAUCUGUCGCACACAGAUGCGUGGAUGCACUCAGCCGAAUUUUAUGUUCAGUGUUUAUUUCUUUUCAUACGUUAAGUCGCUCGUUGACAUUCGCAAGUCUCACCAAAUUGUUUUACUGGUCUGGCGAUGUUUUGUUUGUAGGAAGGGGGAAAGGUGUCCCACAGAGGACGUAACCUUCUUCCGUUUUCUUGUUAAGAAAUUAGUCUAAGGCGGAGACGAACCAAAAAAACGGACUUGGUCGUCGAUGCUGUUUAGGAAAGCAGAAAUCGUAUGUCUGUGAUGACUGGGAAAUGCCGAAAUGCCACGGAAUGACUUUUGAGUGUAAGAUUUCCCUUCAUCUGAUGGAAGGCACUUUAACCUUGGGGUCAAGUGCCUUUACACUUGGCUUAUAAACAGAUGUUUCCAGCUGGUGCUAUGACGUGAAUUUACUGAAGCUUUCAGUAACCAAAGGAACCGAAAUUUAUUGUGGAAGAUCUUAAGAUUUAAGAGCGAAGAGGAAAACAAAAAGAGAUUACAUCAGGCACUUAAAGAAUGGGUGGGGGUGUUUUUUUUGUUUCGUUAUUAGAAUAUUUGUAUAUCUAUAUACAUGUGUCACUUAUGCAUAUUUAGACAAAUUUAUACUUAUAACUAUUCAGAGACAGUUUCUAGAACGAUCAACAAAAGCAAAAGCGUUUUAAGUGAAAGUAAAGCUGUUAUCAUUUUUAUAAGGCUGUGAAUCACACUUGGUUGUGACAGAUUUUUUAGGAAAGGGUUGAUGCAUAUAGAAAUCAGCUACUGAUGUUUCCAAUAGGGAUUUUGUGCACCUCACUUCAUAUAAACGCAGGUUAGAACUUGCUUUUACCAUUUCUCACAUCUGUGAACACAGGUCAGCAGGUAAACACUUCUUAUAAAUAUCAGGAACUCACUGUUUACUUUUUGUGUUUACCUUUUUUGGUUUGUACCAAGCAGAUUUUCUUGGAAUUCUAGCUCUGGGUAACUUGGGUCGACAUAUUUCACAAGUGCAGCAAAAAAAAAAAGAAAGAAAAAAAAGAAAGAAAGACAUACAUAUGAACAUUUCCUCUCAAUGUAAAUACCCAUGCCUCAGUCACAGUGAAAUACAAUCCUGAAACUGUAUAAUUUCACGUUUGUUGUACAGCGCAGAUCCCAGGUAAAUAGAAGAGCAUGUUAAUAUUGCUUUUAUUUGUCAAAAUGCAACCUCAUGAUAAUAGAGAAGGGCAAAUGAUUUUGUCUGUGAACAACAUAAUCAUAAUCUAAUAUGUUAUAAUAUAUCGAGAAAAGAUGUUUGUUUUAUGGACUUUGCCUUUACGUUGAAAUUUUAGAUUUGGGGCAUGGGCCUGUUUUGUGUAUGCCAAUCAUAUAAGGGUGAUAGUGACUUAAAUUAUCUCUACGUGAAUGAAUUAAUUGCAAUUUAAUAACAAGGGAUCUAUAUCUGUAAUCAGUCAUUCCAGUUACUGUACUGCACAUUUUAGCAGUCUAAAUUUAAUCAUAUUAAUUUGGGUUUUAGGGCUAAUGAUGACUUUGAGCAUGUUUUCCCUUUGUGCAUAUCUAUAGUUGACCUUCAAAACCAUGAUGGUUGACCAACCUGCCUGUUCUUUUUUUUUUAUUUUAAACAAUAUUAUUCAUUCAAAUAUUACGUUUGACUUUUGUAUUUGAUUUUAAGCUUUAAGUAACAUGGCGGAGGAUUAAUGUGUUGCUACAGUGUAUAUAUUAGGCUGUAAUAUUACAUGUUUCUGUAUGACAAUACAUCUACUGCAGUUUAUUGGUAUUGACUGAACAAGUCAUUUCUAACCAAAUUCUGUCUAAUCUUAACAGUGUUACAGAAUGUGUAGUUUCAAAUGGAACGGGACUACUUUCGAAGCAAUAUUUUACUCAUUUUCCAAUUCCUAAAUCUCUUUCAGAUGAAGUGGUGCAGAAUUAUAACACACCACAACCAACACAGCGUCUUUUAAAAAGUUGUGAAACUCAUACCCAAUUGAUUUUCACAAGAAAAAGCCGGAUCCUGGACUUGUAAAGCAGUUACACAUAUUGGCAAAAGUGAUCAAAUUUGUUUUAGCGAUUACAUUUACCUCAUGUUUUUUCGUUUGUUUGUUUUUCAUGGUCUGGCUUGUGAAAAGUAAUACAGUGCAUGUCUCUACUUAGUAGUUUUUUUGGUUUGUUUUUUUUUUUUUUUUUUUUUUUGAGAAGACCGAAUGACAACACUGAGCCAUAUCUUCAGAGUUUGUUCAGUCUCGUCACUCUGAAGCAAAUACUUUGUACAAGCGACACAUUUCAGAAGAGGACACUUCAAUGCAAAUAACCAACGUAUAUAUUUCAACACUUACGUCUGUCUGAAUAAGCAAGCAAACGUGAUGCUUUGUCAAAACAAACAAAAAAAAAAAGUUGUCAGUUGUUUUCUUACCUCAAAAGAGUCUUUGUACAAGGAAACAAGAAAUUGUUUUUCUACUGACCCUCAGUAGAAAUUGUUUUAUUUGCAUGUUGUCUUUGUCUUUUGUAACGGCCAAACAUAAAGACAUUUCCAGGCAUCUAAAUUUGCACCAAGAGAAGCCAAAAUAUCGACCUUUACGAUUUGUCUUGCUAUAUUGUUUUAUCUUGCAAAAAGCAAUAUAGUCUGUAAAGUUCUUUCCAUGUGUCUUAUGAGAUGUUAAUCACUUUAAUUUAAAAUCUUACUUUAGAAAUAUUUUAUUUUACAUAACCAUGAAAUAAAACUAAAUAUAAUAGGUAUUUUAUUGUUAAAAAAUGUCCAAAUUCCAAAACAAUUUUUUUUUCUUAGAGAUCAGUUACUCUAAUUAUAAUAGCAGUAUACUUAUCGAAAAGUGAAUGUUAAAAAGAAAUUAUAUUAAUAGGUGAUUAAGUAUAACUAAACAGUUUAUAAUUACUUAAUAUUUGAGACUUUUCACAUUUAAAAUGGUACAGGAAUCAGAAAGAUUAAGCAUUAAUAAUGUGAAUGCCAUUUUCACAAUAACCACUAUGUUUUUUUCCUCACUGGCAGUGUGUCAAGUCCAUUCUUCUAAAUAGAAAUAAAGCACUUUAAGUGUAACUGUGAAGGAUUUUUAAUUAUGUUCUUUAAAUGUAUACUUAUGUAAGCCCAGAUUGUGUGAUACUGCUAAACCCAAAUUUCUAAUAUGAAAAAAUAAACCUGUUUUAUCCUUGUUCUGUGCCUGUA